UAAUACUUCUCUCAAUUCAGUGGUAAGGCUCCUCCGGUUUGCUUGUUGCCCAGAAAAGCUGAAACGACUCACGCAGCCCAACCAGGAGAUGCCACAUUGUCAUGGAAAUUAGACAACACUCUCAGACUUGUCCUCUGAAGGGUCUUGGAAGAUGUGCAGACGAACCUUGAACAGAAGAACAUGUUUGUGUCUCUGUAUAGCAGCUAGUAGGAAAUACACAAUCAAGAACCACGGCUCACAGGGAACCUGGAGCCUAUACCAGGGAGCGUGGGGUACAAGGCAGGGUACACCCUGGACAGUGUGCCAAUCCAUCACAGGACACAAUCACAUACACAUUCACACACUACAGACACUUUGGACAUUCCAAUCAGCCUACCAUGCAUGUCUUUGGACUGGGGGAGGACCCGUAGGAAACCCCCGCAGCACAGGGAGAACAUGCGAACUCCACACACACAGGGCAGAGAGUGGACUCAGACUCGCUUUGAACGCCACAGAAAAGUUCAAGCCCCAUUUCCAGCCUCCAGAAUGACUGAUGAGUGUAGUGAAGAUCAUCACAGAGCGAUAAUGAUACACAUCUGAAACAGCGGAUUAAAUCUGGAGACUGAGGUGUGAAGCAGCUCUGGAGAUGGGGAAGUAUUUCUUCAGUGAGACGGAGAUCAGGAGCUCGUGGGAGCAGGUUCUGGCUGCGUUCUGGCAGAGAUACCCGAAUCCCUACAGUACUCAUGUUUUGACAGAGGAUGUGAUCUUUCGCGAGGUGACUCCAGAUAACUGCCUCCUUUCCCGCCGUCUCCUCACAAAGACCAAUCGGCUGCCUCGGUGGGCGGAGCGAAUCUUCCCUGGCAACCUUUCGCGAUCCGUUUACAUCGUAGAGGACUCCAUCAUCGACCCCAGCAGCAGACGCCUCACUACACUGACCUGGAAUUUAAACCAUUCCACAUUAAUGACAGUGGUGGAGCGAUGUGUGUUUCAUAGUGAUCAGGAGAGGCCUGUUUGGACUGGACUCACAAGAGAAGCCUGGAUCUCAUCAGGAGUGUUUGGUCUGUCAAGGCCUAUCCAGGAGUUUGGGUUGUCCAAGUUCAGGAGUAAUCAGAUGAAGGCUAUUAAGGGUCUGGAACACGCCCUGUCUAAACUACAGAUGGAACGUCCGCUGUACACGUCCGCUCCCUGUGAACGAGCUGUUACUAUGGAAACGAUAACAUAUCAGAACGAGCACAUUAAUAUAAACCUGAGCUACUGUCAGAGCUGCUGUUAUAGAAAACUAAUCGACUCCUUCUGACAGACACUGAUGUGUAGAGGUUAGGUCAGAGAUAUGGUGUUGUAGUGUGUGUGUGUGUGUGUGUGUGUGGUGUGAGGAGUGUUAAAGGAAGCUGAAAGCAUCGUUCCUCUUUCUGCUCUUUUUUAACAUUAAGUGCCACUUCAGCCUGUUUUUUUUCUUUUUCAGUUCUAACAAACAAACUUCGCUUUCUCGAAUCUGAAGUGUCCCACCCCCAACAUUGUAAACAUCCAUGGUACUAACUGUAAAGUACGGCUUAGCCCGGGGCUGUGAGGUAUGCUAAACGCAAUUGGUUGUUUAAAAAGGGGGAGGAGCCACUCAGUAUGUCCCGCCCUGACUUCCUGUUUCCGUGGGAAUUACAUCAACACUUCGAAUAACACUGCGCGUUUCAAGCCACUUCACGGGGACUUUCUGAAAAAAGCGAAGCAGCAGCUCAGGACCAUCACGCCGACACGAAGAAGACAGAGAAUCUGACGGCUUCCACCAGCUCGCAAAAGCCGCAACAGUA